AGGUGUAGGAGGAAUCUUGCCAAAGUCAAUAAGAGAGGAGGCAGAGGCGGUCUAGGUGCCAGAAGCACAUGUGGCCCCAAAGAUGACCUGGGCGACGCCAAAGGUUUGGGCAGCACCAAGGGCUCAAGCGAAGCUAGUUUCGCGAAGGGUGAGGCUCUUGAGAAGGAUGGCGACACAUCGGGUCACGUUCCUGGCAACAACAAAGAGAGCGACAUCCAUGGUCUGGGCGAACACAGGAUGACAGUAGGAACAAGUGGUGCCAAAUCGGUUACCAUGAGCUUUUGCAACUCCGAAUCAACUGCGAAAGGCUUGGGCGAUGCCGGAGCUAGCCUUGGAGAUGUUAGGAAGGACAUGGAGUGCACUGGAUUGGGCGGCGAUGCUAGUAACAGGGGUUUUGACAGCAUUAAUGGCCUGGAUAGCAUUGGAUGCACAAGCAGAUGA